AGUUUCAACUAGCAUUCGCUGAGGUGACAUACUCACAUACACACAUGUGUUUGUGUGUGCAAACACACUAACACAAUCUCUCAGACACAGGAGAAAUGUGGUUCCAUUGUGAGUUGUGCUGCUGGAUGAACACUGGAUGGAUAGAAUAGCGAAAACAUUGAGAAGAGACUGACGCACCACGGCACACUGUCCGAGACACACAAAAGCCCACUGAAGCCUGCACUGAGGAAUUAUCUGCUGUCAGGACCUGAGGCUGCACAGGGGCGAUAGGGAGAGACGGAGCCAGGGAGCCAGGCUCGGGCCACCACAGGGUGACGGUGCCGCUGUGCCGGAGAGGAGGGGACUCGCAACUCGGCGAUGGCGUCCUCCACCAUGCAGAUCCUCGCCUUUGCCCUGGCGCUGCUGGGCGUCCUGGGCGCCACCGUGGCCACGCUGCUGCCCAACUGGAAGGUGAGUGCCGACGUGGGCUCCAACAUCAUGACUGCCAUCUCCCAGAUGCAGGGGCUGUGGAUGGACUGCACCUGGUACAGCACCGGCGUGUUCAGCUGCACCUUGAAGUACUCCGUGCUGUCGCUGCCCGCCUACCUGCAGACCGCCAGGACGACAAUGGUUCUGUCGUGCAUGAUGGGUUGCCUGGGCCUCUGUCUUGCCGUCCUAGGGCUGAAGUGCACCCGCUGGGGGGGCAGUCACCGGGCAAAGGGGCACGCGGCCAUUGCCGCGGGGGGUUGCUUAAUCCUGGCUGGCAUUCUCUGCUUGGUGCCCGCUUCCUGGUUCACCAACGAGGUCAUCACCACCUUCCUGGACUCCAACGUGCCCGAGAGCAGUAAAUACGAGCCUGGGGGGGCCGUGUACGUGACCUUUGUCUCUGCCGGCUUCCUGCUUGCCGGUGGGGUCAUAUUUUGUUUGUCGUGUCCCGGAAAAAGAGACUACACCUCGACCUCCACCUCUACCACCUUUCCUGACAAACUACUGCAGCAGCAGAUAAACCAAGAGCAACUACAGCGCGACCUGAUACAGUGUGACCUGAUGCAGCGCGACCUGAUACAUUGUGACCUGAUGCAGCACGAUCAACAGCAACGGGAGCAGAAGGACUUUAAACAGCAGACGUCGCCUAAUGAGCAGUCGAGCCAAGAGCAGCUACAGUGGGUUGACAAAGGGUCCCAGGGUAAGGUCCAAGCAGCUGACGACAUCCAGCAGGAGAAGCCUCUACAUGAAGACAAGGGAACGCAGCAGUUCUACUCUCCAUCCAGAGUCCCUCCAAAAGACACCCGGGCUGGUUACAGCCUGCAGGACUAUGUUUAAUAUGUUUUAUCCCUAAACCCUAUUCUUGUUAGUGGGGUGGGGGGAGAAUCCUGAGGACAUUCUACUGGCUGCCUUGUGAAGGGGAGAGAGUGGAGAAA